UCUAGUGGAGAGGAGAGUUGGAAGCAACAACAGGGACAACAACAGCAACCUCCUUCAGUUAACGAUAAAAGGUCAUUUCCGGAUACAGAAAUGGACUUUUCUAUGGCACCUACUUCCUCAACUACACUUUUGCCUUGUUCCCCCAGCAAUUUUCUUCUUCAAACAGACAAUUCUAAUAAUGAUUUAAAGCAACAACAACCUUCAACCGAUUGUUUAGCUUCAACUUUAUCUUCAUUCGAUUCUGACGAUGUCAAUAAUCUUUCUGAUUUUGGUACUUUAGUAGGUACUUUUUGCCCUAGUUCUUCACCAGUCUGGGGGGAUAUUGAUUUUGGAUAA